AUCAUGAUGGCAUCUCACAGCACACAAGAAUAUAGGGUCCAAAAUGGCCAAGCUGAGCGUUGCACUGGCGGCUGCUGCGGCGGCCAUAUUAGUUGCGGCGGUGAGUGGUCAGUCCGUCGCCGACAUCGUCACGCCCGAGUUCUUCAAUGCCAUCAUUGGCGAGGCCGAUGCCAGCUGUGCCGGCAAGAACUUCUACACCCGAGCCUCCUUCCUCGACGCUCUCAACUCCUAUUCUCAAUUUGGCAACCUGGCUUCCGCCGACGACUCCAAACGUGAGAUCGCCGCCGCUUUUGCCCACUUCACCCACGAGACCGGCCAUUUUUGCUACAUAGAAGAGAUAGACGGCGCGAUCAAGGAUUAUUGCGACGAGACCAACACGCAAUACCCGUGCGCCCCCAACAAAGGAUACUACGGUCGCGGGCCUAUUCAGCUAUCGUGGAACUUCAACUACGGGCCCGCCGGCGAGAGCAACGGGUUCGACGGGCUCAACGCUCCGGAAACGGUGGCCAACAAUGCGGUGGUGUCAUUCAAGACGGCUCUCUGGUACUGGAUGCAACACGUUCGCCCCGUGGUGAGCCAAGGGUUCGGAGCCACCAUCAGAGCCAUCAACGGCCGCCUCGAAUGUGACGGAGCCAACCCCACGACCGUCCAGGCUCGUGUUAAUUACUACACCCAGUACUGCUCCCAGCUGGGUGUUGCUCCCGGUGAUAAUCUUACUUGCUAGAUUUAUUUAUAUACACUCCUACGUCAACCUACUCUAUCAUCCAUCCCCUGCUUCAUUUUAAUUUGUUACCCUCAUCAGCUUCAAUAAUAGCUUCUAAUAUUGCAGCCUUUC